AAUAGAUUAUGGCAUCGGGGAUGAAUUGGUAGCAAUCGAAAUGCUAAUUUAAUGUCGGAUUUUGCUAACCAUGCACCUUCUUCACAUUGCCUUACCAAAUUAACUGCUGCAUCAAAUGGGGUGUAUGACACUGAACAUAAUUCAGGAUCUAUACCAUCAUUGACAGAGAUUCCUUUAGGAAAGAUGAUGUAUUAAUCUAAAUGUAUUGGGCUCUUUUUUAGGAAUUAAUCCUGAAGGAGAAAUUCUCCAUGGGCUGUACUUCAAAAGGGCCUGCUAUUCUAUCCAUUUGUAUCUCUUUUUCAAUUUUUUCCAUAACAAUUUCAGGGUUUAUGUACACUGACUUUAAACUAUCACAAAUUGGAUAUUCAAUUUGACUAUCUAUUGCUGGGAUGGUAAAACCUUCCUUAAAACCUUCAUAAAUUAACGUUGCCAUCUGCGGAUUUGGGUACAGCUUUAGGAAAGAUCCUGGUAAAUUAAGUCCUAAAGGUGUAGUGUAACAGACUAACGGAUCAUUGAAAGCAGUUUCUUUGACACCCGUGCUUAAAUGCCUUAUGACCGCACCAGGUGUUACAGGUGCUGAAAGGCUUUUUGAAUGGCUUCAGGUCCUGCUUUCUGCAUCCAUUCAAUCAUUUGCUCAGGUGUGAUUCCUCUCCCCGACAUCUCUCUCCAUUCUGUCCUGGACGCCUCAAAGCCUGUUUUCAGAAAAGACUGACCUGAGAGACGAGAAGAGAUGUCUUGCAGAAGGAAGGAAGAACCAAGAAACAAGCAUAGUGUAAAGCACCACAGGAGAGAUGAGUAUGAUGCAGGCAGUCCAGGCAGCACCCACGAUCCAGAGCAAGAGCACAGUAGCCGCAAGAGGAGGCGAAGUAGCAGCAGUGGGACCCACACAUCACAAGAAAUCCAAAAAAUCAAGCAUGUUGAGACUUUCUAUGAAAAACCUCCACCAGGGUUGAUCAAGGAAGAUGAACCUAAGCCUGAAGACUGUAUACCAGAUUUGCCUGGCAAUGAACAUGCCAGAGAUUUCUUGGCACAUGCUCCAACUAAAGGACUCUGGAUGCCACUAGGAAAACAAGUCAAAGUUAUGCAGUGUUGGAGGUGUAAGCAGUAUGGCCACAGAACCGGUGACCGGGAAUGUCCUUAUUUUAUAAAAGGCAAUCAAAAAAUUGAACAGUUCAGAGUGGCACAUGAAGAUCCAAUGUAUGGUUUGAUAAAAAAUAAGGAACAUGAGGAAAAGCAAAUGAGGAUCCAGCAGCUUAAAAAGUUAUUGGAAGACUCAACCUCUGAUGAAAGCAGCAGUUCCAGUUCUGAUGACUCUCAUAGCAAGCACAAGAAGAAGAAAAAGAAGAAAGAGAAGAGAAAAAAAAAGAAGAAAAAACACAAAUAUUCACAGAACAAAUCUUCUUCUGAAUGAGCAAGUCAUAAAGACUUUUGGCUGAAAAAUUACAAUCAUCUUUUGGAAACACAACCAUAAAAGAUGAAAAUUUGUGAGAAUUAUAAUGUGCUAAAACCAAACAGGAUCAUAUUAAGUCACUGAUUCUGUUGGGGACAGAUAUAUUAAUAUGCAAUUAUUUAAAAUUGCCAACAUUCAAGAAAGUUGAUGUAUACAUUUUUUUUUCCCGAUUGAUCAUCAGCCAUUGAAAAUGAAUGGAACAAUGUGGUUUUGUUUAUGACUUUAUUCUGCAAUUUAAGUGAUUAUUAUCCUUUAAUAAGCUAGUGAUUAUGGGGAAAUAAAAUGUCUUAAUUUGCGUAUUUCUAUGGGGUAGCCUAAUACUACAUAAGUGGUUGUCUCUUAAACGGUAAAUUUAGGUUGCAGAUCAGCUUAUUUAAUGGUACAUUACAGCUAUUGGAGGGCCCAAAUCAUUCGUACAUAUUCAAAACAGCUAAGGAAAUACUAAUUACAGCUAUACUACAUACAACUGUGAACCCAAUUUUCUAUAUUUUUAUAUGUAUGUGAAUCUGAUUUUCUAGAAGUAGCUGAAGAAAACCUAGUUAAACAAAUGAAACAAAAAUUA